AUGGACCACCUCUUCAAAACCACGGACUCGGUCAUUGAGAUACUGUGGGACGUCGCGCUCGCCUUCUUCGUCGUCCGCAUCGCAUUAUCGUACUUCUUCUUCACUUUUACCGCAACAACGCUGCUCUCGUGGAUCGUCUGUACAUAUCGCCAAUACUUACGACUGCCCCUCGUCUUCGUUCAGCAGCAGCAGUAUCUCACAACCUCACAAAGCGACCCUUUCGUCUUGGCGGUGAUGCUUCUACAAAUCGUGGUAGGCGUCGUCGUUGUGCGGUACGUGGUGGCGGUCUACGACGUGCCGCGCGUGGCGUGGUUCCGGCUUGCGAUCGGAGGUCUGGCCGCGGCGUUCUUGGCCGGCGCGGAGGGCUACUCGAUUGGUUGUAUCUGCGUUUUCGCACGAAGGAGAAGAGCACGGAAGGGGCUGCUGGAUCUGGGAGAGUGGAAAUGGAUGGGUGAUGGUCGCGGCAAUGUUUGGCGGGUUAGCUGGUUUCCAUUCUUCAGCGUGGCCACCUCCCCGGGAAAAGCGGGGGCAUAUCCGGGACCCCCAGGUUACGGAUACAUCUGCCGUCUGCACCUGUCCGACUACCACCGUACCAUAUUCCCUAUCCAACCUUGCAUUAUCACUCAUCUUUUCUAG